GGACUCCAUUUCCCGUGAUGCCUCGCUGCCCCACGCUUCCCUCACUCGGGUGGUGCACGGUAGCGGCGUGAUGUCGGUGUUUAUGGACCUGAAUCUGACUUUUACCGGGGACAAAGAGGAGCUCCGGAGGCUGGUGGAGACAGCGGCUCACCUUGGAUACUCGACUGUGGCCGUCAAUUAUGUGUUUGAACCAGACUCCAAGAAGAAAACUCCGGUGCCCACUCCUCUGCCCGUCUCCGAGCUCCUCCAGACUCUGCCCAUCGUCCAGGGACGCUCUCAGCCAAUCAGAAUCCUGAACAGACUGACCAUCGUGAUGUCCGACUCCAGCCACUACAGAGCCAGUUGUCCCGAGUACAGACACUUCGAUCUUCUGGCCGUUCAGCCGCACACGGACAAACUGUUUCUGUCGGCCUGUAUGACGUAUGACGUGGACCUGAUCUGUCUCAGCGUGAACGACAGACUCCCCUUUUUCUACAAGAGAGCGCCCGUCUACGGGGCGGUGGAGCGCGGCGUGGCGUUCGAGGUCUCGUAUUCCGCCGCCAUCAGAGACUCCACCAGGAGGCGCUACACUCUGGCCAACGCCAUGUUCCACUCGGACGUCAGCAAAGGAAAGAGCGUGGUGGUGUCCAGCGCGGCCGAGAAGGCGCUGGAGCUGCGAGGGCCCCACGACGUCAUCAACCUGACUCAGCUCUUUGGUUUGUCUGAUCGUUGUGGGAGAGACGCCGUGACCACAAACUGUCGCUCUGUGGUGCUUCACGCAGAGAGCAGGAAAACCGCCGGAGGAAUCGUCCGCACGUUCAGACGACUCGACGCUCCGCACACGGACGAGAGUGAAGUUUGCCGCGCCUCCAAACGAGCGAGAGCCGACGCCGCAGACGGGACUGAAAAUCUGUAACUUCUGAGUUAAAGGGGCACUGUGGAACUUUUCUGGAGGAGUCCUCUACCUGUUUGUCUCCAUGGAGAUGUUGGAUUCAUGUUUUGGUCGUAUGUAAAAGAUGUAAACAAAAAUGAAUGAAAAAUGAAAUAAAACUACUUCAGUUCUGG